AUGGAAGACGACGAUAUGGAUGCGUCGCUCGAUGGACCCAUGUCCAAGCGUGCGGUAAGUCGCAUGAGCCAGCCACCCAGAGCACCUGCAGCGCCCAGCGAGAAGAAGAUUGAUAGAAUUGAAGACCGCUUAGCUGGUAUUGAGAAUGUUCUUGCCAGUCUCGCAACGAAACUCGGCAGUCUGGACCUCCAGAAAGACUCGCAUGAAUCCAGCAGCCAAUCGCGGUCGAGCCGAGUUGGCCCUUCAAGGAGUCCGGGAAGUGUCCUCGUCGAAGCCCCCACACCCGCACCAUUCGAGGGCGAGAGUUCUAUCAAUAGCCAGUCAGACUAUGCUCGCGAGAUGCUGGCACGAGCGAUCGGGAGUACACCCUCUAUUGGACAAAAUGAAGAAGUCAAGUUGGCACUUACUGCUCUUUCGGAAAUGGUCUCUCAGCACGGCCAAAACCCUGCAACUUCCAACCUCUUGAUCAACCAGUCACUUGUCGACAUUGACCCAUCGAAGCUGGAACGACCACCUUGGGAAAUUGCGUGCUAUGCUUUGGAGAAAGCUAGUGAAUAUCCAACUAUGGCCUUCGCACAUCGAAUCAACACUAUGAUAGACGACAAUCCCGAAGACAGACAGACGAAGAUCCAUAUCUUCUGGAUGAUUUACAUGCUUGACAAGACGCUUUCGCUACGUUUGGGUCGCUCAAGUAUCCUCCAGGAUUGGGACAUAUCGUUACCGUUUGUAGUAUCCAGCGACCCUAACGACAAGCACGCCGAAUCAAGCGCCUUCUUGUCGUACUGGAUUAAGGUUGCGCGAGUCCAGGGCCUGACAUACGAGAAGCUAUUUUGCCCUGCCGCCUUUACAAGAUCUACGGAAGAGCGCACGCGAAUCGCGAUUGAACUUGUCAACAGUCUUAACCAAGCCUGGUACGAGCGUGGGGAUGCGUCGAUCGUCGACUUUUCGCAACAAGGCCAUACGUAUCAUCUCGGUACGCCGAGAUCGAACAAAAUAGGCAACAGCCCAAAUGAGACACCACUCCCGUCUCAAUACAAGCGCUAUGUGCACAAAUCUCAGGGUAAACAAGGAUCAGAAGUCAACGAAUACGUUCAGGGCUCUUUCGAGAGAGUCCAAGACAUCUUCUUCCACUCCGAUGUCGUCAUGCACUAUUCCACCUGUGCACUCAUACAGCGCACGGUCAGUCCAGGAAAUAUGAGCUUUAAUCAAGAGUGCCUCGAAUCCUCGAGAGCGGCCCUUGUCGCCCAUAUGAGGGCUAGUGCACAGUUCAACAAGAAGGGCCAGGAGGACUUAUGGUCGGGAUAUGUACACUGGUCGGUUCUUCAGGCACCUUUUACACCUUUCAUCGUGAUAUUCUGCCACUCCAUCCAAAAGGCCGAUACGUCCGACGUUGAGCCAGAUCUUAACUCCCUUUCCGAAUUUGUCGGCAGCCUGGAAUCUUGCCGCACAAUUUCCGAGGGUGCAGACAAGCUCUACAAGAUGUGCCAUCUUUUCCUACGGGUUGCCAGGCUCUACGUCACGGCUAAGAAACAGGAUGCUGCGUCAAGAUCCCGGGGAGUUAUUCAAAAUAACCAGUCAGGGUAUUACACGACUGUUGAUGGCACGCAGCUGGACCUCAACGCAAUGUCUCAAUUCGAUCCAUAUCUUAGUGCGCUUGGAUUGAUGCCUGAUACCGCAUGGCCCACGACAUAUCCCAACGCUUCCACUGCAGCCACGACGACCGCGUUUGAGCAAGGCGAGGCGAUGAAUAACAUGGACGCCGUUGGUUCGUCAGGCUUCGGUUUUGGAGCGUCUCAGGGAAAUUCCAAUCCCAUGCAGGACUGGUUCUCAGGCUCACGCUAUCUCAUGAACCUUAUGGAGCCAGGCGACGAUCUACAAAUGCCGGAUCUAGACCUGUAA